AUGGAUCUUGCCUUCAAAACAGUUCAGGGCAAAACUAUGGUCUACAGUAUUGCAACCUACAAUCGAGAGGCAAGACAGAUCAACACAUAUGCAUAUGUGUAUAUCAAUUUGGAAAAGCCCUGGACUUAUAAGAUUCUUUUUGAGCGGCUUUUCAAGGUUCUUGGUGAUGUUGGUCGGAAACCUAUCAGGUGGGCAUAUCAGUCUGGUGGACAUGAUUCAAGUGAGGGGAUUCGUACUGUUACACUUGAUAUGAGCAGAUCACAAGCUCGUGGAUUUGGUGAAUACCUUGCUUCUAUCAUGCCUAAAGCUGGCUUAUCAUGGAAUGAGCAUUUGUUUCAUGUCCUUGUCUUCUGUGAGACCCAUGUUCGACGUGCAUUUCUCAAGAGAUGGCGAGAUCAUCCAGGUAUUGGGGCUAUUGAUGAUCUUCUUGUUGCAAACAGUAUUCAUAAAGUCUAUGCAAUCAUGAAAGAUGCAUCUGAUAAGUGGCCAGAAACAGCGUUCUGGUUCAAGAAUAAGCAAGUGCCCUGGAUACUAUCCGGUAUAACACGAGAGGCUUCGAAAAUACCAAUUGAUUGGUGGAUAGCGGCACAGCAUCAUACCGGAAGUUGUGAGAGCAGUCAUUUCAUGGAUAAUGAAGCAGUUGGGCGAAAGAAGUCACUCUUAGGUGCUAUUCUAGCCAUAUGA